UCCAGCUCGGCCGCCAGCGGCGGGGCCUCAUCCAUGGCCACGGGAGAUGGGGCCCGGGUUCGUAUCCAGGGAUUUGAGCUCCGCUGCUGCCAGAUCCAUCCCGGCCCUGCUGCUCCAGCCGGGAAUUCUGCCAGGAGCGCUUUUCCCUCGGGAAUUCUGCUCCUCCCUCGGGAUGCGCCGCCGCUUUUCCUCCCGGGAAAGCCGCUCCGCUGUGGCCGCGGGUGAUCCCAAAUCCCGGAUUUUGGGCAGGAAUUGCAGCGGGAAGAGCCGGGAGUUGAAAUUCCCCGCAGGAGUUGCAGCCGGGGGGCGCCGGGCAUGGCCCGGACCUGCCGCGAGUCCCAUUUUUAUUACUACGGCAUCAAAUUCUCGCUCUCCGCCUACGCCACGCUCUUCUCGCUGCUGGGGCUGCUGCUGCUGGCCGUGGGGAUCUACGCCGAGGCGGAGCGGCAGCGGCACCGCACGCUGGAGGGGAUUUUCCUGGCGCCGGCCGUGCUGCUGCUCCUGCUGGGGUCCGGCAUGUUCCUGGUGUCCUUCGUGGGCAUGGUGGGCAGCCUCCGCGACAACCGCGCCCUGCUGCGCACGUUCUUCUGGGUGCUGCUGCUGAUCUUCCUGACGGAGCUGCUGCUGAUCCUCCUGGAGAUCAUCUUCGAGAGCAAGAUGCACGAGGUUUUCCACUCCAACAUCCAGGAGGGAAUCCGGCACUACUACGAUGACCUGGACUUCAAAAAUAUCCUGGAUUUUGUGCAGGAAAAGUUUUCCUGCUGUGGAGGGGAUGAAUUCCGGGAUUGGGAAGUGAACCAGUACCACCAGUGCAACGGCAGCGGGGCCCUGGCCUGCGGGGUGCCCCACUCCUGCUGCGUCAGAGGGGCCCCCGGAGCGGUGCUGAACACGCUGUGCGGGCACCGUGCCCUGGACAAGGAGCGCCUGGAGCUGCUGGGCACCAUCCACGUGCGGGGCUGCAUCCACGCCGUGGGGCUCUGGCUCAGGGACAACGUCCAGACCACGCUGGCCAUCGUCUGCUCCCUGCUGCUGCCGCAGGUGCUGGGGCUGGCCCUGGCCUGGCUGCACUGGCAGCAGCUGGACGCGCUCCGCUCGGGCUGGGACGCCGCGGACGGGCCGGGGCUGCGGGCGGCGCCGGGCGCGGCCCCGCGGGACCUGCGCGGAGCGGGCUGCUGCUGGUGCCUGCCCCGGGACGGCGGCUACGGGGACACCGGGGAUAGCGGGGACACCGGGGGGGACACCGAGGACAGCGGGGGCUGCUGCUGGAGGAGGAGGAGGAGGAGGAAGGAGCCGCCUUCCGCCCCCAAGCGUGAGGAGCGCUCGGACUGGGACUUGGACUCGGAGCGGAACCCCGACCCCAAAUCUCUCUUUGGGGAGCUCCAGCCCGACCCCAAAUCUCUCUUUGGGGAGCUCCAGCCCGACCCCAAAUCUCUUUUUUUGGGGAACUCCGGCCUCCCGAGCAGCCGGACCAUGCUGGAGGACGAGGACGGGAUGAGCGAGCGCGGCCUCGGCGGCUCCCGGAGGAGAUUCGAGGAUGAGGAAGACUACCACUCCAUCUACAUCGGGGUGCCGGUGCCGCGCGGCUUCCGCAGGAAGCGGCGCCGCCGGCGCUCGCCGGGCUCCAGCCGCGAGCGCAGCGGCAGCGAGCGCCACUUCGGGCCCCGCGAGCCCUCGGACACCGACGAGGGCCAGGCCUGGCCCGAGAGCGGCAACGACAACGCCAGCAGGACCACUGGAUGGGCUCGGGGUCGCGGCGUGGCAAGCCACUUCGGGCCCCGCGAGCCCUCGGACACCGACGAGGGCCAGGCCUGGCCCGAGAGCGGCAACGACAACGCCAGCAGGACCAAAAAAGCCCAGGCUUAG